AUGCUCUGCACUUUUCAACGAGUCGUAGGAUCAUGUCUUCUUCGUCAAUAUCUUGGGUACGACGCAGUAUCCCCGGUUGAUUCCAAAGACAUGGCAUUUCCCCUCGCUCCAAGUUCUCCCACCUUGGACGACUCGAGAAGACAGCUCUUCAACUGUUCAUUUCUCGACGAAGACGAGCUCUAUGAGCUAGAAAGAGCGGUUCAAAUCAAGCCAGAAUGUCCAAGGAAAAGGGCACGUGUCGACAGCUCCAGCACCAACCUAACCGCGUCUGAUGAUGGAUCUACGGCGCCAAACACACCCAGAAUGCACAGCGACUUUGGGCCAGAAACGAAUGCGGAAAUUAGGGCAACCACGCCGGUUGGCAUUGUAGCCGCCCUCGUCCAGGAGGUUGUGCAGGAGGUUGUGAAGAAUAAGUGGCGUGUCAUCGUUUCUAUGGAAUUCGACGGUAGUGACGAGAUGGUGUUAAGUAUACGUAUCUCGCCCCAGCAUGAAUCUGUCAUUCAGGAGGUCAUGGAUCUUGUCAAGAAGUCCUGCCGAAGUACUGAGAUGACAAAAAAAGGUGGUGCGUGA